CCUUGACGUACAGUCAGCUGACUCUCAGCAGCCGUCAUUUCAGUCCUCUUCUCCGACCUUCGCCGCAGUGCACACGGGAACCUCGUCCAUUCUUGCUCAUCUUCGUCUGGUCUGCGCGUUUAAUUAUGGCUAGUCAAUCGCAAGGGAUUCAGCAGCUUUUGCAGGCUGAGAAGCGAGCGGCAGAGAAGGUCGCAGAGGCCAGAAAACGCAAGAACCGUCGUCUGAAGCAGGCCAAGGAGGAGGCGCAGGCGGAGAUCGAGCAGUACCGGCUACAGAGGGAGAAGGAGUUCAAGACCAAGGAGGCCGCGGCCCUUGGUUCCCAUGGCAACUCGGCUGUGGAGGUGGACAAGGACACGGUGGACAAGAUGGGCGGCAUCCAGAGCAGCUACCAGCAGAACCGGGAGGCCGUGCUGGGAAACCUGCUCAAGAUGGUGUGCGACAUCAAGCCCGAGAUCCAUGCCAACUACCGUGUGGCCGGAUAGAAGCCUUCCUCAACCUGCUCGUCAGCCUUCCUUACAACCCCAUCCAUCCCGUCCCAACCCCCAAACUCACCUCAUCACAUGUCCGUACAUACAUACAUACAUGUACCAAAAGAGGCAAGGGGAAAUAGAUUGACGCUGUGAAGCCACAACUCUUCUGACCACUUACCAAACAAACACCCAUUCCCAAUUUUCUGCCCCCCUGUGCAUCGCAGCUUUUGUGUUGAAUUUUUGAGCACUUGGUCCAUCAGAAGUCCACAUCAGCUGUUUGGGAGGGGAAAAUCUUUAAUUAAUGUGGUUGUUCUGGUUGAGGCUCACUUGCCUUAGCCAAGUCAUCCAGAGUAAAUCCACAAGAAAAUGGCAAGAUGAGCUGUACUGUAUGUAGAAAGAUCCAUUGAGGUCACGAGUGUGAGUUGACAUCAGCUUGUAUUGUGGCCGUCACAGUGCAGUGUUUCUCUCCCGCCCCUGAGGUACUCUCUUAACUGCUUGUAGGGUCUCACAGAUCAGUAGACUGACUUGUUUUUUUGUUUUGUUUUUGUUGUUGUUGUUAUUAUUGUGAUGGACAAUUGUGUGUUUGUUUGUGCGUGCGUGUGUGUCUUUGCUAUGCAAUGUGGUGUUUUAUUUAUGAGUAACAUUUUUCUGUUAAUCAGAACGGCCCGUGACGAGAAGAGGGGGAAAAAAACAUUCCCCUCUUCCCCAUUGGAUGACUAUAUAUAAUAUUGAGUCUCACACUCACUCUGUCACCCUCUCUCAUGUGAUCUCGGAGUAAACCAACUUGAGUUAACAUUGACUGUCGUGGCAAAUUAUCUAAUAGAAAAGCCUGGAGGCCUGGUUUUCUUCAGUGUAUGACACCUGUGGGCUAUCUGUUAGCAGACUUGCCACUUCCUGUGGCACUACCAAGAUCUAUCACAGCCAUGUUCUUGAAAUAACCCCCUGUUAUUCUUGUUUUGUUUUUCCAACCCUGUAUAUCAGUGGUGUUCUGAAGCUGUAUGUAAUAGCUGACACAUUCCUCUGUUUACAUUCGGUGCUGCUGCACAGAAAAAAAGUGAUGACAAAUAAAUGGUUAUAGUGUACUCCA